AUGGCGUCCCCGCAUCCGCUGCCCGGCGACAUGCUAUUCCUCCCUCCCCAAUCGCAGGCCGCGGCCGCCGCGUGCACGACGCUCUGUUGCCUGUGCGGCGUGCCGAUGCCGCCCAACGCGGCCAACACCUGCGCGCCCUGCCUCCGUGCGCGCGUCGACGUCGCCGAGGGCGCGCCGCGCCACGCCGCCGUGGUGCACUGCCCGUGGUGCUCCUCGUACCUGGAGCCCCCGCGACGCUGGACGCGCGCCGCGCCGGAGUCGGCCGAGCUCUUGCAGCUCCUCCUUCGCCGCCUCCACCGGCCGAUCCAGCGCCUCGGCGUCUCCCUCACCGCCGCCGAGUUCGUGUUCACAGAGCCGCACUCCAAACGCAUCAGGCUCCGCCUCCGCCUCCGCCGCGAGGUCCUCCCCGGCCGCAGCGUCGCGCUGGAGCGGGACCACGCCGUCGAGUUCACCGUCCACGACCGCCUCUGCGACCCCUGCGCCCGGGCCCGCGCCGACCCCGACCAGGACCAGUGGUGCGCCGUCGUGCAGCUGCGGCAGCGCGCGUCGCACCGCCGCACGCUGCUCCACCUCGAGCAGCGCCUGGCCGCCCUCGGCGCGGCCGGCUCAGCGACCCGCGUCGACGUAACCGGCGUCGGCGGGAUCGACUUCUUCUUCGCGUCCCGGUCCCACGCUGCCGGCCUUGUCGCCCUCAUCGCCUCCCUCGCGCCGGCGCGCGUGGCGGACGCGGCGAGGCAGCUCGUGUCGCACGACACCAAGAGCAACACGUACCGCCACCGGCACGCAUUCUCCGUGGAGCUCUGCCCGGUGUGCCGCGACGACCUCGUCUUCCUCCCGAGGGAGGCGUCGCGCGCGCUCGGCGGGCUCGGGCCGCUCGUGCUCUGUGUCAGGGUCACCGACACGCUGGCCCUCCUCGACGCCUCCACCCACCGCGUUGUCAGCCUCGGCAUCAAGGACUACGACCGGCACAGGUUCGAGCCCGCGCUCACCAGCCGCCAGCUCGUGGAGUACGUCGUGCUGGACGUCGACCCCUCGCCGGUCACCAGCGACGCCACGGCCGCAAGUUUCGGGUACCGGACAGCGUACGUGCAGGUGGCCCGCGCAUCGGAGUUGGGCAGGACCGACGCCAUCGUCACCGUGAGGACGCACCUCGGGCACCUCCUGCGCCCCGGCGACCGUGCACUUGGCUACGACCUCCGCGGCGCCAACGCCAACGACCUGGAUGGGCAGAGCCAUUGCUUGCCGGACGCGGUGCUGGUCAAGAAGAUCUACGAGAAGGGCAACGACGGCGAGAGGAUUCAGCAGGACGGUGGAAGAAACGAUGACCAUGGUGAUGUCAGCAUUGAUGAGAUCGCCAUGGGGAUCGGAGGCAUCGAUCUGGAGCCGUGCGACGAGGUGGAGCUUGAUGAAUUGCUCGAGGACCUCAGAAUCUGAGUUGUGAGUUGUGACCUUUUUGAAUGAUGACCGUUGGUCUUGGGAGCUUCAGAUUAAGUGCAUCUGAUAAAUUGAGGAAAAGCAAUGAUUCUUCAGAUUAAGAACAUUAUCUGGGAGUAGUUUCUAAUUAACUGCACUAUAUGCUUACGUUGUUAUAGAUUGAAACUUGAAAGUAUUAUUUGCAGCACUUUCCAAAGUA